UUGCAAGUCUCACUUUCGAAUAUCAUUGGCAUCUUUAAAAGUGCACUCUUUCUCACCCAUUUGCAGGUUGACAUUAGUACUCAGGAGGUGUUUAAAAGGUUUUCAGAUGCAGGCGCCGAUCUUGCAGUUGUUUCACCGGUUCUGUGUUGUGCCGACUCGGCUCCUGUUGAGGCUUCCCUAAAGGCCUUAGACCAGUUGUCAAUAAAAUACGUAGCCGACAGUGUCAUUCAACUGGAUGGAAAACUGGUUCCAUUUACUUCACAAAACUUCCUCCAGUUGAUACAAACGCUUUCCACUGGAUUCUAUGAUCAUCGCACUGGACAAUUGACGCUCCUCCCCAAUAUCUAUAACCGAACUGUUAUAAAACUUCUGGCUUUCCAAGAUGCAACCUUUCUGCCUUCUUUUGAGAAUAGAGAAUUCUCAAUGGCCAUGCAGAUGAUCAACGAAAUCUUUCCCAGUAAAACACGCUAUGAAAUUGAGGUCGUUCCAGUGGCUUACAACAAAGGUGUGGUCAUUCAAACAACUGUCGAAGAUUACUUGAGUCGAUCGGAUGUCACAAUGGCGAUGUCAGCCUUUCCCUUGCCAUUGGACACAAGCAUGAAAGUCAGGCACACAGGAGCAGUUCUCUACGAUGGUGUCGUUAUGUUGAAGAGUCGAAAAACGAGCAAGCUCACCUUAUUCCAUAUUUUUGACUCUCUCAGUGGUUUCAUCUGGCUGUGUGUUUUUGCUUCACUCAUCUUCGUUGCCAUCAUCUUUUUUAUCAUCAAAGUUGUUAAUGACCAUCAGUGUCGGAGCAUGGGCAUUGUGUCCGAGGAUGGGGACAUUCCUCUCUUCAAACGCUUUCUUACUGUCAUCUUUCGCAACUUCUCCGCUGUUCUACUAGCUAAGAUGCGUGGCGAGUUUGAAUGGCCAGGAAUCAAACAUAAGUUUUUCAAUUUGGAUGAUUUGAAUGCACCGCCUUCUGAACACACACUGAUAGCCAUGAGAGUAAUUAGUUUUCACCAUAUGGGAAUUGUUAGUUCCGCAAUAAAGCAUUGUAAGCUGUCGCGUUCAGUCGGCAAUGACGGUGGAGCAGCAUGCUAUAAAAGCUUGGCCACCCUGUCUUUUUGCGUCAAGAUGCUAGUGAAGCCGAAGUUGACGUCAUUGAGAGUGCUGUACCAGUCCUACUGGAUGGCCUCCAUCCUCAUCGUGGCAACGUACGCGGCAUCUCUGGCGGAGCAGCGUUUCGUACAGCGUGACACCACUGUGCCCUUCAACUCCCUUAAUGGCCUCCUCAAAAACACAGCAAACUAUCGUUGGAUUUUCCUUCGCAACAGCUCUGUCAUUUGGAUGAUGCAGGUCAGUGUCACUGCCUCUUCCUAUCCACCGAUUUUGACAGUUUUUUUGUCAGAUCGGCAUUACCUCAAGCCUGCUCUUGUUGUAUAA